GUCUGGCCCCCAGCAUGGCAGAGCACACUUCAAAUACGAGUGCUUCGGCCUUAGCCCAGAAGCCAGCCAGCCCUCCUUCAGAGGACGAGGGAAAUUCACCGCCGCGCAAACGACCACGAACUAGAGCCCCGCCUCAGAUGGCAGCGUCGAAUGCAGAUGUCGCGGAUUUUGCGCCCCAGCCCGAACCUCAGCCUACACCGUCAAUCGCUCCGCAACUUGCACAGACUCAGCCCCCCGAAGUGCAUCGUUUCCCCAUACAACCGCUCAAUCGCUUUCAAGGCGCCUCGGCGAGCAUAAAGCGCCCACGCGAAGUCGCACACUUCUCCUACGACGACAACCAUGAAUACCGAGACGACGAGUCCAGUAUCAACUACUACCUACCGCCACCUGUGGGCGCAGAUCUGAAGGAGGGCUUCGACACCUUCAGACACUACGAGGAAAAGGAGGACCCACAUCUUGACAGUCUGCUCAAGGCGCUGGCACACAAGGAGAGCAAAGACACGGAAGGCUCAAAGACCAAGGCGGACUUCGUGACCUGGAGAGGCAUGAUGACGAAAAUCAUGACCGCACCUUACGACACUUUCGCCGAGUUCAGCAUGUUCGCGACCCUCCACGACGGCACGAUCUACAUUGAAGAAGACUUCCCCUCGCGCUCCGCCUCCCGCGCUGCCGAAUCCUCGCGUCCCCCACCACGACACCUACACCCAGACCAGCAAUCCCAAGCUAUGAUGUCGUACUGGGGCUACAAAUUCGAAACGCUCUCUUUGAUCCCCACACUGCCGUCCACCACGCCACCAGACCAGAUCCGCAAACACCAACAGUCCAUAACCUCAAACCACGCCCAGCACUGCUCUAUCGUACAUACGUCAUUCGGUCCGCACUCCCUCCUCCUCGGCGGCGAAGUCGACGGUCUCCUCUCCCCCAAACCCACAAACCCAGACACACCGAUCCCCUGGGUGGAGCUCAAAACCGCCGAAGAACUCCCCCCACCCGCGCGACAACAGCACCGCGACAUCUUAAAAUUCGAGCGGAAACUCCUUAAGUUCUGGGCCCAGAGUUUUCUCCUCGGCGUCCCGAGGAUCGUGGUCGGGUUCCGGAGUAAGAGCGGGAUUCUGAGGGGUCUGCAGAUGUUUAAUACGCAUGAGCUGCCGGGUAUGGUACGCAGGGGCACGGCGUGCUGGGAUGGGAACGUGUGUAUUAAUUUCGCGGCGGAGUUUUUGGGGUGGUUGAAGGAGACGGUGAGGGAGGAGGGGGUGUAUAGUGUGGUGUUGAGAAAGAAGGGCGGGGUUGUGGAGGUUCGAAAGGUGAGGGAGGGGACGGGAGGGAUUGUUAGUGAGGAGUUUUUGGCGUGGAGGAAGAAGCAGAAGAGUCGAGAACAAGACAAUGGCGAGCAAGAGCCAGAAGUCCCUGUAGAAGGGAAGAUCGAAGACGAGCAAAAGUCCGAGCGAACUGCUUGA